AUGAAAUUAUAUUAUAUAUUUGUAAUUAUUCUAUACUUAUCUAUUGAGGUAAACUCUCAAGAAGUGCCAACUCUGGCUGGAUUUUCAGUGUCAUCAUACCCUAAAUCAGGAAUGAAAAAGUGGUUUGAUCAUAAUAUUUUAAGUUUAAUUGAAAAUGGUUUGGAGAAUUAUUCUUUCCCAGAUAUUGUGAAUGAUAAAGAAUUUGCAUGCCAUUUUAAAGUAGAGUUGAAAAAUAAAACUGAAUUGGCGGGAUUUCGUGUUUCACCUAUGAAAAAAAAUUCUUAUGAUGUUGGAUUAUUCUUCCCUAUUCAAGUAUCCUAUCAUUUGUUGACAAGUUCAGUAGAGGGUAGUGAUACAGGUAGAUACAAGAAUGUUUCUGUUGAUUAUUCCAGAAUUGAUCCUGAAUCUGGAAAUCUUUUCUUUAAUUUCGAUUUUGAUUUUAGAAAAACUAACAUAACAAUGAAAUUUAAUAUUGUUAAAUUGAAUGGAGGAUCUGAUAUAUUAGAGAGAUCUAUUGAUACCGAUGCCAUAUUACCAAGAAAAUCAGUACUCGACUUAGCUAUAGAAGGUUUCUUUAAUAGUAUUUUCAAUGUAGAAACUAUAAAUUCAUUAUUCCCUCCAUAUAGAAACAUUGAUUUGUCCAAAUUCGGUUUCGGAAUUUAUAAAGAAUAUACCCGUGGUUAUCAUUUAAGUGAUCUAAGUAAUUUAAAAGAUCCUUUCCCAAGAACCUAUUUCCUUGCAAAUGGAAAUAUGAAGUAUCCCGCUUAUACCUAUGAUGCUGUCUCUUGGAAUCCACUAAGUAGUGUUAAUACUUAUACAUACUCGAUAGAUGCCCCAUAUAUUCGUGAUUUAGUUGAUGGCCUGCUUAACGAUAUAUCUUUCAAUUACAUAAUAGAUAAAUAUUCAUUACCACUUUACUCUCCAUUGAAGUUUACAUCAGCCAGUCAAAUUAUGAUAGAGGCUUUCCCUAAAUUAGCCUUUUUACCUACUUUUAACAAUAUUAGUAGACUUGUUCAUGAUUUUCAGAACGACGUUGUGUACCUCUACGAUUCCAACCAAUACCAACUUUCAUCAAAUUUCAUUUUAGAUCUCCAUCUUGAUGGUGAUCUAGAAUCAUAUACCUCUCUCCAAAUGUCUUUAUCGAUGAAGUUUAAACCGGUAUCAUCUGGCAACUAUCACAAAGGAUUUUGUGGAUUUGUGAAGUUUGAUUUCUAUGAUAUCACUUUGACCUCUACUUCCAAUUGGGGAUACGGAUAUUUCGAAAUAUUCAAUCCUGAAGCCUUAGGAACAUAUCUUGUGUCAUUAACUACUCCUCACCCUGGUUAUACUUUCGAUACAGAAUUCUUACUUGCAUUGAUAAUGGGAGAUUUCUUUUGGAAUGAAGAUACCGCAUUUGUUGGAGACACACCUUCAUUUGUCUUUGGAAAUGAUGGUAUGAUACAUUUCACUGUUGAGCUUGCUGAUGGCCACAUUCGUCCUCCUAAAACCAGAGCACCCUCCUGCAAUAUAAGUUAA